AUGUCCCUUCCCGCCGCUCGACUCCAUGAUCUCACCCUUGUCUCCCUUCUCUCCUCUCUUCCUCCCUUUCUCACCCUUCUCUCCCUUGUCUCCCUUCCUCGCCCUUCACUCCCUUCACUCCCUUCACUCCCUUCUCUCCCUGCCCUCCCUUCCCUCCCUUCUCUCCCUUCCCUCCCUUCUCUCCCUUCUCUCCCUUCUCUCCCUUCUCUCCCUUCUCUCCCUGCCCUUCCUUCCCUCCCUUCUCUCCCUGCCCUCCCUUCCCUCCUCUCCCUGCCCUCCCUUCCCUCCCUUCUCUCCGUGCCCCCUUCCCUUCCCUCCCUUCUCUCCCUCCCCGCCCUUCUCUCCCUACCCUCCCUUCUCUCCCUACCCUCCCUUCUCUCCCUUCCCCCCCUACUCUCCCUGAGCCCCCUUCUCUCCCUUUCCGCCCUUCUCUCCCUUCCCUCCCUUCUCUCCCUUCCCUCCCUUCUCUCCCUUCCCUCCCCUCUCCCCUUCUCUCCCUUCUCUCCCUUCUCUCCCUUCUCUCCCUUCUCUCCCUUCUCUCCCUUCUGUCGCUUCCCUCCCUUCCCGCUCUUCUCACCACCUCUUUGA